GAAUUAUAUAUGAAAUAAAAGAUAUAUUUUGUAUAUUUAAGUGAUUAUGUUGGAGAGAUUUUUUGGAAUUGAAUAUAACUCUCAAGAAUUAUCUUUAAAUAAAUAUACAGGAGAAAAGUCAGAUAUAUGUGAAGAUAAGUCAGAACAAUGUAUGGAAAUGUCUAUGGGAUUAAGAGGUUAUUUUUGUUUUUUAAAUAUUAAAAAAAAUAUGGAAUUGGUUAAAAAAAUGUUUUCUGGAGUGAAAGAUUUUGUUUUUUUAAAACGCGUUUUAAAGAGGAAAAUAAUGCCGAAUUCUGAAUCAUAUAAAUCAAUUGAGUCAUCUGAAAGUAAUUCUCUUAUAUUAAUGGGUUCUUCAAAUGCAUUGACUAGAGGUCAAGUAAAAAAUACAUUUAUCAAUAAAGAUGUUGAUAAAAGAGAAUUUUUGAAUGAUUCAAAGGUUGAUUCAGACGAUUUUUCAGGUUAUUUUUUAAAGAGAGCAUCUACGGGUUUUUUGGAAUUAGAUGAUAAAAAUAUAACGAAGCCUAGUCAAUCAAAAACGACAAAAACAUUAGAAUCGCCAUCAGAAACUAAGUCUACCGGGAAAUUGUCAGAACCAACUACCAACAAUGGCACUUUUGUAACAAUUCUUUCAGAUCCUACUGAAACUAGUACACCUACUGCUAAUUUGUCCGCACAGCAUUCUCAUUCUCGUUCUAAUGAUGGUUUAUAUAUGAUUCUAGGAAUUUCUGCUAUAGUUUUUUUGAUUAUUAUUGUUAUUGUUUUUUUGGUUAUUUAUGGUGUACGUCGUUCACUGAAGAAACAAGAGAUGAUUGAGGAUAUGGUUUAUGAGAAUGAAAUGAAUGUUCAUGCGAAAUUGAUGAAGAAUGCAUCAGCAUCAAUUUCAGAAAAGACGAGUUCAACGUCAAAUUCUAUUUCUGGAUCAGCGUCUAUUUUAGGCUCUCGAAAUUUGAAUGAUCCAUAUUUAAAACGAGGUACUUAUUUUGAUUCUAAUGGAAUAUAUGGUUCCAAGAACGAUGAGAAGCAAGAUGAACGGUCCCUUCAUAACUCGCCUUUAAAGUAUUAUGGCAUAUCGCAAUCAACAAAUAAUCGACCAAGCUCCUCACGUACAAGAAAUUCUUCAUAUUAUAAUCCUUCAGGACAACCAAUGCGGUCAUUUUCAUUGUCAUCUAGAUCAAAGGAUUACUAUGGAGGAAAUAAUCAUUCAUCAAAUGUUAAUUCUAUAUAUGAUGAUUCUUUUCAAAAGGAUCGAACACGAUUAACAUUUUAUAAUAAUGAUAUGAAUGGCUCCAGCUAUGGAAAAGUUUCCUCAAAUCAGCUGAGAACUCCGAAUUCUGUAUAUUUAUCAGAAGAUCAAAACAGAGGAUAUCUUUCUUCUUCACAAAUUAGAGUAGGGUCUCUUGAACCUCAUGGAACUAAUAGGUUCUUAAGCCAAGAGAGUUUGCGUAGUUCUCGUGCACAAUUUGCUACUCAGCCAAAUACAUUGAGUUAUAAAAAUUCUUAUAAAAACUUGGGAGCAAAUUAUCAGAUGGAUUCUUCUAAUUUUGAUACACCAAAUUCGUAUUCAUCUGAAUUAUCAAAUAAUGCAUCCUCGCCCUUAUUCACUUAUAAAAACUCUAUAGGAAGCUCCUCUCACUAUGAUUCUAGUUUUACAAGUGAACAUAUGACUCCAAAAUCUUUCUUCUCAAGAGAAAAUAUGAAAAAUGAGUCUUAUACUCCUAAUUCAGGUUCUGAAAAAAUGCUUCCUCCUAAGAAUACAUAUAAACAUCCAUCUCAACAAGAUUACAUGCGUACACCUAGUAUUUAUGCUUCAGUUGGCAUAUGGGCUGAAAAAAAGAGGAAAUUGUUAGAUCUAACAAAUAAUUCGAAUGAGCCUUUAAGUAAUCGCUCUGACGAAAGUAUGAAUAUAUAUCAGGACCAUAGAAUUAAAAAGUAAAUUCUAUCAUUAUUAUUAAUGAUUAUAAUCAUUUACUUAUAUUGAU